CUGAGCUCACAAUGGCAGAUGAUGGUUGGCAUUCCCCGGACGGCGCAAAUGAGACCUCGCAAUCUCACAGUCGGUCAAAGCUGAGGGAGCAGUCUACUUUGGUUGAUGAGCCUGUCAGCGUGCCCUCCUUUNCAUCAUUCAAGAAGCGAACCUCGCAGAUCCCACUGGCGAUAGCCUCGUCGCCUGUAAGGAGGAAGCCCGUGCCAGAUAAACCUUCACCUAGAGCCGUUUCCUUCUCCUACAUAGCCUGUCCGCCCCAGCCCCACGAUGCUCCUCUGCGAACGAGGCCUUCUUCCAUAGACCAGUCGUUGCUGCUGCAGGAAACGGCUUUAACGGACGUUAACGUGCCCCCUCGCGCGUCAGAGCAUCAGAGCCACCAAACCCAAGUUUCGAUCCCGCAAAAUCCUGGACACCUUCCACCCGUUUCGUCUCUCGCUCUCUCUCCCUCCGGUGCACAACGUCGCAGCAUAAUCGACAGUCGUUUGCCGGUACCGUUAAGAUAUGAUAACACAACCGCUCCCGGCCACCACAGAAAUUCCAGCCUGUCGAGUCAGACGUCAGUCCCAGCCUCUCCGCGCAGAGGUCGCUCUUCUACCAUGAGUGCCCCAAUCCACGCCCCUGUCAUGACUGUGCAGCUCGACGGCAUACCCAGAUCAUUCACCGACGAGUCUACCGAGUCGUUCGCCUCGUCAUCUCCACAAAGGAGAUCCAAAUCUCCUGGCCGCAAGCUCGGUUCUUUCUUUGGAUGGAAGUCAUCCUCUCCAAACCUCGAAGCACACUCGCCAGCGACAUCCUUCUCAGACGUGUCAGCCUCGCCAGCUCACUCUCGCAACACUAGUCACAUCGAUGCUACACACACAAACAUGGGUCUCACACCACCCGCACUCGAUUUCCACAGUCACCAUCGCGCUGGCUCUCAAUCGCAAUACUUCGACAUUGGCAACCACCAUCCCAUGUCCACCUCGUCGACCAUCAACGCCCAUGUAGAGGAAUUGGAACGCGAGCUCCAGCAGGUGAGUUCCGAACUUGCUGGUUCCAUUCGGCGAGAGAUGGAGCUUGAGGACGAAAUCGAUCGCUUCCGUAGCGAGAUGCCUGCUGGCUCGAGCGAGCUCGGUCGAAGAACAAGCGAUUACUUCUCGGAUUCUGGCACUAGCUCUUUGAGAUACCCCCUUGUGGAUAGCGAGGCCAAGAUUGAUGAGCUAGAGCGUCUCAAGAGAAAGGCAGAGCAAGAGAAGGCACAGAUGCAGGUCGACUAUGCUCAGAAACUCUCCGAAGAGUUGAAGCUGAGGAAGAGUUUGGAAGCGCAAGUCCAGCAGCUAGAAGAGCAAUUGCAUCACAACAAGGAUGGUGCACCAGUGGAAGAAGGCCACAAAGACGAACGCGUUCGUGAACUCGAGGUCUUCCUCGAUGAAACCCGUCGUCGCUUGAGUCAAGAGCGUCAAUCGAAGGAUAACUUUGAAGACCUCUUCGCAGCCCUCAAGGAUGAAAGUGUAAAGCACCGCAAUGAGCGCGACAACCUCCGUGACGAAGUAGUCCCGGAGCUCAAGGCCAGGGUUGAAGGUCUCGAAGCUGAAGCUGCCGAGAUGCAAUCACUUCGUUAUGAGAACGCUAGCAUGCAGCAGCAGCUGCAAGCACUCCGCCCUCNNGAAGUCUCAAUGCUUCNNCAAGAGGCACAAGACAGAGACUCUGGAUUCAAUGAGGAUGUCUUCGCACCACCGCGAUUCCCCAAAGCAGGCUUGUCACGAUCGAACUCCUUGGCUAGGCCCUCUUCGAAUGGCAAUCUUCGCCGAAGCAACUCUCUGGCAAGAUCUGGCUCGGUCAGAGAGCGAAGUGAGACUCGCCAACGAUCUGACUCAAUCUCUGGCGACCGUCACAAGGAUCUUGAGGACCAACGCGAUGCGCUGCACCAGGCUCUCAAGAAUCUCCUCCGUAGAUACGAAAGCGAGAAGAGAGAGCACGCAAAGAUUAUGCGUAAGCUGACCACCGAUCGCGAUCGUGCUAGAAAGGAGACUACCGGCAGAACCCCCUUCACACGUGAAGUAAACCUUGUUCGCUAUGAGAUCGGUGAGCUUAGAAAGCGUGCCGACGAUGCUCUCGAGCAAAAGUGGCAAUGCGAAAGCAACAUUGGCGGUGUCAAGAUGGCUCUCGAUAGAGCUCAGCAAGAGACACAGUCUAUGCGCGAAUAUCUCAACGGCCGAACUAUGAGCGGAUCCUCGCGCAAGUCGACCUUUGAGGGACUCGGCAUCGAUAUUGCUGAUGAGACUAUCGAGCUCGGAGAAGAGGACCGCAAGACUAUGAUCAAAGUUCUCAGACAAAGUAUCACUCUAGCAGAGACAGAACGCGACGCUGCUCUUCGCGAGGCAGAGGAGUACCGCCAAAAGGCAUAUAUGCUUCAACAAUCCGAGGACGAGCACAUCGAUACACAGAACAAUCUCGCACAUCAGCUGCUUGAAGCCGCAACGCGCAUGGAACAAUUAGCAUCGCAAGUCCAGGAACAUCUGCAGGCCAACAUGCAACUGCGUGAGCGCCUUGAUCAGGCGGUCGGUAAAGGAGAACAAUCACAAAGCGAGUCCACUGCUCUUAUCGUGGGCAUGCAAUCUCGUCUAAAGGAAAUGGAGGAUAACGUUGUUGCAGCGCAAGCUUUGUCUGAGCGAGCACUGGUAAAUCACGAAGAGGAAGCAAAGCAGAUAGAGGAUGCCAACUCGCCCAAACUCCAACGUCUCAACGUUACUGCCAUGACGGCAGCGUCUUCGUUACAGGCAUCACCGCUGUUCGCUGUCAAGAGCCCCAGGAUUGGUACCACCAACGAAAACAUGGCAGAGAGCUUAUUUGAUCAAACAAAGACGGACACCCUGGAGCGCCGGGUCAAGGAGCUGGAAGCAGCCCUCGUAGAAGCCGAUUCAGAGAUGCAAUCUGUCGUUGCAAGAAUCGAAAGCUCCCAAUAUGAGAUCGCUGAGUUACAAGGCGAAAGCACACAGAUCGAUGAGACGCCUACAAGCAUCAAUUUCAGCCGAGAAGCAAAAGGCGCAGGCACUAUUGAUGGCAUAGAAAGCCUACAGGAUGUUGAUGCACUUGGA